ACACCGCAACAGCAAUUUGACCGCAAGGGGUCUGGAGUCAGUUGACGUCGUCGACUCUAGUGAGGCGCGCUGGAGGCGACACGCAGACGUAUUUUGGGGGAACUUUCGUCGAAAAAGCAUAAUAACGCGAACGCAGAGUUUAUGUUACUAACAUUCGUUGCGAGAACAUGCUGGAUCCCUGGUUUUAUCACUGGUUCUUUUCUUACGCGAUAGUCCGUUAGGUAGUCGAAUCGCCAGCUGGAUCAUUUUUGCAAUGCUGCUUGCUGGCCAAAACAAAGUUAAUUGAUAUUUCCAGGGAUUUAAGAUCCAGCGAUAUUUCAUUGGACCAUUUUGUAAAAUAAAGUAAAAUCGUCGUUUGAAUCGUUCACAUGCCCAGCUCGCUGGACUCUAGCUAGUCCUCCGGGGCUUGCUGCGCCCGAAGCCGGGAGAAGAUCGACGCUGCACGGUGUCACCCAACUCAAGAGGAUCGAGCUUCUUAGGCGACAAUGCUUGAAAUAAUGUCCGAACACCAAGAUUCAUUACUGAAGUGCAAAGCAGAGACUCUGCCAUCAGAGAGAAGAAAGAGGACAGUGGAGGACUUCAACAAGUUUUGCAGUUUUGUUCUUGCAUAUGCUGGUUACAUCCCUUCUCCAAAGGAGGAAAGGCCAUGGUCGCCAGCAUCCUCCAGUUCUCCAAACAGCUCUGGUGCUUCAGGUGAAGGCAGCGUUUUAGGUGGAGUGAGUUCUAACAUGGCUCCCAACUGGAGUCACGGCACGUCGGACUUGAACACCAUCCACACGUUCGUUCGCAAGGCUCGUGCCAAUAAGAGCAACAAGAGCAUGCGGCGGCUGUCGUCUGACAGCGCCCUGAUGGACAAAAUGUGUUUAAAAGACCCUUUCUAUGAGGGCCAGGUCGCCAGCAAAGCUGAGCGCAAAAAGGACAAGAAGCUGAAGCGCCUUUCUCUGGGUUCAGGCGCUGGUGACAGCAGCAGCAGCGGUGGCGAGAAGCGUGCAAGGAUCAAGCGCAGUAAGAACCCCAAACAGUCCAAAGCCCUUAAGAAGCUUAAGAGCUCGGCCCAAAGCGAGACAGACUCAGAGAACGGUCUCGGGCAUGGAGAAGAGCAUUUGGACCAGGGAGCAGCGGCAGAGCGCAGACUACAGGCCCAGGUGAAAGAAGAAAAGGAGGAAGCCACCAGAGAGGCCGAUAUGAGUUCCAGUGAGGGAGAGACCUGGAUAGCUGAUGAAGACAUAAUGGUUGAGUCAGGGGAUGAUUCGUGGGAUUUGAUCACCUGUUACUGCGGUAAACCGUUUGCAGGACGGCCCAUGAUUGAAUGUAGUCAGUGCAGCGUGUGGGUGCACCUCUCUUGUGCCAAAAUUAAGAAGUCUAACGUGCCUGACAUAUUUAACUGCCACAAAUGUAGAGACUCUCGACGGUCAAGUCAUAAAAAAGACAGUUAGAUGAGGGUGAUCGUUCCCUCAAAGCUCUGAGUGUUCCCAGUUCUCCAGAUUUUCUAUCCAAAAUGCAUUUUUUCCUCUUUUUCUAGACUCUUUACAUAUUUUACAGUCAGUAGUCUCCAUUUCAGAGUUCACUGAGAAAUAACGUUUGAACUGAUCUCUUACCUCCUGAGUUGGUAAUUGAUCUUGGCUCAUUUGUAACCGUUCCAGAGAUACAUAAGCUAUCUUGUCACAUCAAAUUGUUAUUUUUUUUUUUUUUAUUUAGCAGCUUGCAUACUUAGUAAGUGCCACCAUAUUUCUUUGUUGGAAAAGUUAGAGAACACAGCCACACUACAUUUUCACAGAUGUAUACAAUAUUAGUUACUUUGGUCUAUUUAAGAGUAUAAAAAAAAAUAUACAUAUAUAAAUAACUAUUCAAAAUACAGAAAAAUAUUGUCCUGAUUUUGCCAAAGAGCUGCUGUGAGAGAUGGUGUUGACAGUUGUUACAAAAAAUGUUAUUCCUUAGUGAACUGUCCAGUUGAUCUUUGUUUGAAGACUAAUCAAUGUAAUGUGUUAGUCUGAAUGCCGUUUCCUGUAGGUGAUCAUAAAACCAUUCGAAUUACAACCUCUUAAUUGAAAAUUUAUGUCAGAAAUCACACCUAAAUGGACUUGACCAGUCAGCUAACAUGUAUUAGAUUGUCAAAAAUAAAGCGCUAUACCAGUCAUUUAAGCAGGGAAUCCUUUGCUGCAAUUAUUGAUAAAACAAUUUCUUCUAAUUCUACUGAUAAUGUACAGUAUGUUAACCCAUGUACUUUGUCGAAGAAACUAUCAAAACAGUUUGAUCUUUAAAUACAUGCAAAGUAUAGUGGGGGGGGGGGGGGGUUUCUCAGUGUGUAAAAUUUUCAGAAGAUUUCAGUUUAAUAAGAUGACAAGGCUAGAUUUAGGAGCUUUGCUGAAGCUUUUCUUGAGUAGAAUGGUUGUAAUUAUUGUUUUCAAGACGUGUUUGAGAGUUUUAAACUCUGAGAACUGGUAAAGACUACUCAUUUAUGCUACAAGCUCUUUCUUUUGAAUUAGUUUGGAGACCAUUGUUUAGAUUUAAUUUUGUCCCCUCUUUCUGGUUUAUUUGUGAAGCAAGGGAGACUGGAAAUCCCCAAAAGCCAGACCUCUCUUGCUUCAUGUUUCACUCUGUAAAUAUCACAGAUUUUGAAAAGUGUACAUAUGUGAAAGUGAAGAGAAAAGCAAAGCAGAUGGUAUAUAUAUAUAUUUUUCUUUUUGCAUCCGAUAUUGUUUUCUUUACCUUGAGAAAUAAAACUUUUCUUUAUUGGCCUUAAAA